UGUGCAAGGCGCCGCGGCCGCUUGGCUCUGGCGGUGGACCCGCACAGCAGCAUCCUCGCGGCAGCCGCCACCGCUGCACCCCCGGUCAGGUGACAUUCACCAUCACUGUUUCUCCUUUCGUCUUUGUCAUCAUCGCCACCAUCAACAGCAUCUCUCUUCUUCCUUCAGAAUUCUCAAGUUCUGUAAAGGCAAGCAUGCCCUUUGAGAAGGGUGGCCUGGAUAAAUCCUGAUCUCAUAAUCCACACAGAAUCUUUCUCUAACCAGAAACUGAUUUAUCAUGCAGCCCCAUUGCUGGAGAGGACUGUCAGCUGCUUUCUCUGCGUAGCUGCCAUCACAUGCCUCCCCACUGGAGCCCAGGAAGCCUGACCACAGACCAGCAUCUCCAAGGCAUGAAUAAUUAGGUAGGCAUAAUGGAAGGCUCUCACUGCACCCUCCAGUUGCAUAAGCCCAUCACUGAGCUCUGCUACAUCAGCUUCUAUCUUCCAAAAGGGGAAGUCAGAGGAUUUUCAUACAAGGACACUGUAACUCUAGACAGAUCCAAUAAAGCUUUUCAUAGCUGCUACCAAGUCAGGGAGGGGCCAGACAUCACCAGCCUCAGCCAGCAGCCCAGUGAACAUCCAGGCGACAUAUUUUUCAAGCAGACUCCCACAAAAGACAUCCUGACUGAGCUAUACAAACUCACAGCAGAGAGGGAGAGACUCCUGGCCAAUCUGCUGAGCUCAGGCCACAUCCUGGGCAUUUCAAUGGGGAACCAAGAAGGGAAGCUGCCGGAGCUGUCUGUGAGCCUGGCCCCUGAGGACAGCUACUUCCAGAAUGCUGGUGACUGGUGUGGGGAUCUCCCCAUGGGCUCUCUCAAUAAGAGAAGCACCCAAGGGAACAAAAAGCUCCGGAGGUCUGGCGGAAGGAGAGAGAGCCCUGAGGCACCCUUGCAGAAGAAAACCAAGAGGAAAGGGCGUGGCCACCAGGAGCGAGCUCCUCAGAUGGGGAAGGACCAGAUCAGUUGCAACAAUUCCCUUCCUUCUGCAGCAAGGCCUAAUCUUGGGCUCCUGGAAGAAAGAAGAAACUUGGUUCCACAGGGUGCACUAAGCUUUUCCGUGCCUAGGAGAGAGAGCUGCCCUGCAGACAUCCUUAGGAUACCAGAUGCAAACCUGGGUUUUGGAAACUCCAGGAGGGACUCAGAGGACAUUGAACUUGCAGGAGGAACCUGCGACAUCAGCUCCACUGGGGCAGAAGGUGCUGGGGCUCAGGGUCAGCCCAGGAGUCUUCACAAGCUGGAGCCUCAGCAGGAGGCCCCCAAGAAGCCCCCAGGAACAGAGAGAGGCGGGGCUCGUAAGUCAAAGUCCUUGGAGAGGACUUGCAGGAAGAAACCUGUUUCCAAAGUGGUGGCCAAGGUCCAGGAACUGUCUGUUCAAGUACAAACAGUAGCUGAGAUUCAUCCUGAAGAUGAGGAAAGGAUUGUCUUUUGUGCAGAGGCCCAAGAUAAAUUUAUCCCUAAAGUGGACUUACUCACAGUCCCAGAAGUGGACUCUGAGGAUCAGGGUUCCAGGUGGCGGGGGGAGGGACAGCAAGAGGACAGAUCAUUAUGGUCCUCUGGUAGAGAAAGAGCCUCCGUUUCUGAUCCACCAGUCAGCACUGCGGGGGCUGUCAACAAGGUCCUUCUGAAGGUACUAAACAGCGAGAAGUUAGAUGAAGCCACUGAGGGGAAAAGAUUGGGCUUCCCUCUGAGCAUAAGGGUCAAUCACACCCUUUCAGAAGCCAAAAGCCAAAAGAAGUCUGGGUUUCCCCAAGGUGGCUCCAAAUCCUUGUCUGUGGAUCUGCCCCAUAUUGUAGGUCCUGACUCUCCACGGCUCAGAGGUGAUGAGAAGAUGCCAUCUCUCCCAGCAUCUGCAGCUCUCAGCAUGGUGUUUAAUAAUUCAUCUCCUCGCUCGAGCACACUCAGCCAGCUGUCACCUGUUUCCUUGUCACUAUCUCCAAGGUGUCCCAGCCCUCAGCAACACCAUAGGAUCCUCCGGCUCCCUACACUGCCUGGUGAAUGGGAAGCUGUUCUUCAUGAGUCUCUGGACAGAAAUAAAGCGGUCUCCUCUCAGGGCCACUCUGCUGACAUCUUGGAGCCAGUAUCUUCUGCAAAGGUCACGGAGACCAAAGGAGCCAGCCCCACCUCCCUCCCUUGGUUGGUGCCCGGGGAGCCUUUGGAAAAGAGCUUGAGGCCAGGGAAGACCACAGCUCAGCCUCAACACCAGUCACCUCCAGGCGUCUCUUCAGAGGGCUUUCCCUGGGAUGGCUUCAGUGAGCAGACAACAAAGGACCUUCCCAACAAGGAUGGAGGUUCUUGGGUCCUGGGCUACAGAGCUGGACCACCCUGUCCAUUUCUGCUCCGUGAGGAAAGAGAAAAGUCAAACAGAAGUGAAUUGUACUUGGAUCUCAAUCCUGAUCAGAGCCCCACAGAGCAGGACGACAGAACUCCUGGCCGACUCCAAGCUGUCUGGCCACCCCCAAAGACAAAAGACACAGAAGAAAAAGUGGGAUUGAAGUACACUGAAGCAGAAUAUCAAGCUGCUAUUUUACACCUGAAGAGAGAACACAAAGAAGAAAUUGAAAACCUGCAGGCUCAGUUUGAACUACAGGCAUUUCAUAUCCGAGGUGAGCAUGCAGUAAUAACAGCAAAACUAGAAGAAACAAUCGAAAAUCUCAAAUACCAGCUAGAGCACCGAUGGGGUGGAGGAUGUGAGGAGAUGAGAGAUGCAUGCAUCUCCACUGAUGACAACUACCCUCCAAAGACCUACAGGAAUGUAUGCAUCCAAACAGACAGAGAGACCUUCCUCAAGCCCUGUGAAGGGGAAAGCAAGACAACCAGAAGCAACCAGAUAGUCCCCAAGAAGUUGAACAUCUCCUCUUUAAGCCAGCUCUCUCCCUCAAAAGACAACAAAGACAUCCAUGCAACACUUCAUACGGGAGAAAACAUGUCAUCAAGUCAGCAGAAAACAUCACCUCCACCUCCCCCACCACUACCUCCUCUCCCUCCUAUCCCUCCCCCUCCACCCCUUCCACCUGGACUUGGACUUUUGCCACCAGCUCCUCCCCUACCACCUGUGAGUGCUGGGCCACCACCCCCACCACCUCCACCACCCCCACCACCUCCCUUACCUCUAAGUUCUGGGCCACCCCCUCCUCCUCCCCCUCCACCACUUCCUAAUACCCCUCCUCUGCCCAACAGUGGAGGGGUGCCCCCUGCUCCAGUGCCCCUGGGACUUGUACCCCCACCUCCUCCUGGACUCUCCUUUGGACUCAGCUGUCCUUCUAGCCAGUGUCCUCGUAAACCUGCCAUUGAGCCCACUUGUCCCAUGAAGCCUUUAUACUGGACUAGAAUACAAAUAAGUGACAAGAGCCAAAAUGCCACACCAACUUUAUGGGAGUCCUUAGAAGAACCUCAUAUUCGGGACACUAGUGAGUUUGAAUAUUUAUUCUCCAAAGACACAACUCAACAAAAGAAAAAACCUCUGUCAGAGACCUAUGAGAAAAAGAACAAGGUCAAAAAGAUUAUCAAGUUAUUGGAUGGAAAACGAUCUCAAACUGUGGGAAUCUUGAUAUCUAGUUUACAUUUAGAAAUGAAGGACAUCCAACAGGCCAUUUUUAAUGUGGAUGACUCUGUGGUCGAUCUGGAGACCCUGGCGGCCUUAUAUGAAAAUCGAGCCCAAGAAGAUGAAUUGAUUAAAAUAAGAAAGUACUAUGAGACAUCCAAAGAAGAGGAGCUAAGGCUGCUGGACAAACCUGAACAAUUUUUACAUGAGCUAGCUCAGAUUCCUAAUUUUGCUGAACGUGCCCAGUGCAUAAUCUUCAGGUCUGUGUUUUCUGAGAGCAUCACCUCCUUGCACCGAAAAGUAGAGAUUGUUACCCGAGCCUCUAAGGGCUUGUUGCACACGAAGAGUGUGAAGGAUAUCUUAGCUCUCAUUUUGGCUUUUGGAAAUUACAUGAAUGGAGGAAAUAGGACUCGGGGCCAAGCGGAUGGAUAUAGCUUAGAAAUUCUGCCGAAACUCAAGGACGUCAAAAGUCGGGAUAAUGGAAUUAAUUUGGUGGACUACGUUGUGAAGUAUUACCUGCGUUACUAUGAUCAGGAAGCUGGAACGGAAAAGAGUGUUUUCCCUCUGCCUGAACCACAAGAUUUCUUUCUGGCCUCCCAAGUCAAGUUUGAGGACCUCAUAAAAGAUUUAAGAAAACUGAAGAGGCAACUAGAAGCAAGUGAGCAACAGAUGAAGGUGGUGUGUAAGGAGUCCCCAAAGGAAUACCUCCAGCCUUUCAAGGACAAGCUAGAGGAGUUCUUCCAGAAAGCCAAAAAAGAACAUAAAAUGGAAGAAAGCCACUUGGAGAAUGCCCAGAACAGUUUUGAAACAACGGUGGGAUAUUUUGGGAUGAAGCCAAAGACUGGUGAGAAGGAGAUCACACCCAGCUAUGUGUUUAUGGUGUGGUAUGAGUUCUGCAGCGACUUCAAAACGAUUUGGAAACGAGAGAGUAAGAACAUUUCUAAAGAAAGACUAAAAAUGGCUCAAGCUUCAGUCAGCAAGUUGACAUCAGAGAAGAAAGUGGAGACAAAGAAAAUCAAUCCUACUGCUAGUCUGAAAGAACGACUACGGCAAAAGGAAGCCAGUGUGACCACCAACUAAGAUGCAAGUCCAAUAAAGUGAUGGCCAUGAGACACACCACCCUCAUUGCCAAGGAAGCUCUGGAAAGAUUUGUUAGAAGACGCUGGUUUUUGCUGGUCUCUUUUGGAGGUCAUCUGCAGAUAGUGCCCUGUGCCUUCUUGAAGACAUCCCUUAUUAAGCCACAGGAACAAUGAAAGGCUAUGUGAGGGAUGAUUUCAGGAAUAUUUGACUAUUUCUUAUAGAAGCCCAAAGCCCAGUCUGUUAUAGACCCAAAAGAAACAUGGAGAUUUUCAUUUUACCAUAAAAGCUGAGACUUCAGGCUUCCUAUCAUAUAAAAUGUGACCUUGUCACAGAAGAGGAGAUGCAUCUUUUAUGAUGAUUGCCUUGGGAGAAUUCAAGUUUCUUACAUGCUUUUGUUUUAUGUAUUGGUCUUAAUUUUGAUCCUGUCGUAUCAAGGUUCUAUAGUAUCUUUCUCUAACAAAAUGUUGAAACUUACAAAAACUGUUUUUGAAGAGAUUUAACACUUUGUGUCUCCCAGACCAGGGAAGUAAUUUUGUUGUUGAUGAUGAUGAUGGGGAUUGUGCUGAUGCUGAUGCUGUAGUGAAAAGGAGAAAGAGGGGCUGGAGAGAUGACUUAGUGGCUAAGGCACUUGCCUGCAAAGC